UCUUCUCUCCAUAACAUAGUGCAAGUUCUUGUUCUUUCUUUUUGUCAACAUGGGCAAUCUUGCUGCAAAAUCAAGAAUCUUGUGCUCUCUAAUUGCAAUAGCACUUGCUGUACUUUUCACCAAAUUUGCAUGCCCUGACCUCCUUAAACAUGUCUCUUUGUCGCCCACUUCAGUCAUCCUCCCUCUACUCUUACUUGCAUGCCUGUUUACCUUCAGUUUUAACCACCCAACAAAUCUCCCUCCUGGCCCUUUUUCAAUCCCAAUAUUUGGCAACUGGCUUCAAGUUGGCAACGACCUUAACCACAGGCUUCUAGCAUCCAUGUCACAGUCCUAUGGUUCUAUAUUCCUACUAAAACUUGGUUCUAAAAAUUUAGCUGUUGUCUCAGACCCUGAGCUAGCCACCCAAGUUCUACACACACAGGGUGUAGAAUUCGGGUCUCGCCCACGUAAUGUUGUGUUCGAUAUUUUCACGGGCAAUGGCCAGGACAUGGUGUUCACAAUUUACGGUGAUCACUGGCGAAAAAUGCGUAGGAUUAUGACACUGCCCUUCUUCACUAACAAAGUGGUGCAUCAUUAUAGCAAUAUGUGGAAGCAAGAAAUGGAUUUAGUGGUGAGGGACCUGAGAGAUAAUGACAAGGUUUCAGGACAAGGAAUUGUUAUCAGGAAACGCUUGCAGCUGAUGCUUUAUAACAUUGUGUAUGGAAUGAUGUUUGAUGCAAGGUUUCAGUCACAGGAUGACCCACUAUUUAUUGAGGCUACAAGGUUUAAUUCUGAGAGGAGUCGGCUGGCUCAGAGUUUUGAGUAUAAUUAUGGAGAUUUUAUUCCUUUGCUUAGACCUUUCUUGAGAGGAUACUUGAAAAAGUGCAGGGAUUUGCAGCAGAGGAGGCUUGCUUUCUUCAACAACAAUUUUGUUCAGAGAAGAAGGAAGAUAAUGGCUGCAAAUGGAGAUAAACAUAAGAUAAGUUGUGCAAUUGAUCAUAUAAUAGAUGCUGAAAUGAAAGGAGAGAUAAAUGAAGAGAAUGUGUUGUAUAUAGUGGAGAACAUUAACGUUGCUGCAAUAGAGACAACAUUAUGGUCUAUGGAGUGGGCUAUAGCUGAGCUGGUGAACAACCCAACCGUUCAACAGAAGAUCAGAGAUGAAAUCUCAAUCGUCCUAAAGGGAAAUCGAAUCACAGAAUCAAACCUACAUGAAUUACCUUACUUACAAGCCACAGUAAAAGAAACAUUAAGAUUGCAUACCCCAAUUCCCUUACUAGUACCCCAUAUGAACCUUGAAGAAGCAAAAAUAGGGGGCUUUACCAUUCCUAAAGAGUCCAAGGUGGUGGUCAAUGCGUGGUGGCUGGCUAAUAACCCUGAAUGGUGGAAGAACCCGGAGCAGUUCCGGCCAGAGCGAUUCUUGGAAGAAGAACUCCAGACGGAAGCUGUUGCUGGCGGAAAAGUCGACUUCCGGUACUUACCUUUCGGUAUGGGCAGGCGGAGCUGCCCAGGCAUCAUACUAGCAUUGCCAAUUCUAGGACUUGUGAUUGCUAAGUUAGUGUCAAAUUUUGAGAUGAAGGCUCCAAUUGGGACAGGGAAGAUUGAUGUGAGUGAGAAGGGAGGUCAAUUCAGCUUGCACAUAGCUAACCACUCCACAGUUGUUUUUCAUCCAAUCCAUGCAUGAUUUCAUCUUUGGCGUUGCCUUUACUCUGUAUAGUGGAUUGGAUAUUGCAAAAAUCAAAUAAAAUUUUGAAUGAUUAUAAGAUUGCUUCAUGUUAUUACAA